AUGAAGAAAGUAUAUGAUAAAGUUGUCCAUGAUAAGAGGUUAACAGGCACAAAGAAAGAGUUACGGAAACAGAAAAAGCGGAUUCAAAAUGCGUUACAACAACUGAAGACCAUUGGAGUAUCACAGUUUUCAAAGUUAAACAAAAAAAUUCAAGCCAUUAUAAAUGAGAAAAGUGGGAAUGUUGAUGAAAAGAUGGCCAGAAAAAUGCGCAGAAUUAAAGAAGUGGUUAGAAAAACUUUAGAUUCUGUAAUGAUUAGAAAGGACAAGGACCACAAACAGCUAUCAGCAAUCCGGAGAAAAUUCGGCAAAUUCUUAGAAGAGGUGAAAGACAUAGAGAAGGAGAGGCAGAAGGAGACAACAAGACUUGCAAAGACAGGGGAAAAGAAGAGAAACAAAAAGAUGAAUACAAUAUUGAAAGAAGCUGUGAAGAAAGCGCAGAAAAUGCAACAAAAGUUAACCAAACAGAACAAGAAGGAAAUGAACAAGAUCAAAAAAGAGACAAUGAAAAAACAGUUUUUAGAGAUUUCUCCAAAACAAAGUAUUGCAGAUGCGAGAAAAGAACUGCAACAGGAAAAGAAACAGAUUCAGAAAGCUUUAGCAAAACUUAAGACAAUUGGCAAAGCACAAUUUUCAACGUUAAAUAAUACAGUUCAGACUAUUAUAAAUGCGAAAGAUGAACGUGUUGAUGCCAAUUUAGAUAGGAAAAUGUCUAGAAUCAAAGAUGCAGCAAGAAAAACAUUAGAAUCUGUAAAAAAUACGAAAACCAAAGACCAUAAGGAGGUGGCUAAGAUAAGGAAUAAAAUAAUCGAAUUUCUGACUGAGGUGAAGGACAUUGAAAAGAAAAGACAGAAAGCAAACAUUAAUAUUGUGAGGAUGGGAGAAAAGAAGAGACUUCAGAAAGUUAAUAAAGUAUUAGCAGCAACUGCUAGGAAAGUUGAAAAAAUGCAACAGAAGAUUGCAGAGAGGGAUCAAAAGCAAUUGGACAAUCUGAAAAAAGAGAAGAACAAAGCAUUGAAAGAAAAAAGUAAGAGACUGAAGAAGAAGCUUAAAAUUUUGGGAAAAAAGACGGAACACAAAAAUGAAGUUUUACAACAAAAGGAAAAGGAAGCAAAUAUAAAAUUGCAGAAAACAAAAGACCAGCUCUCAAAACUUUCUGCACAAAAAAUUCAGACAGUUAAGGAAAAUCAAAGAAAAAUAAAGGAGGAAGCAAAGUUGAAAACAAAAAUAGACAAAUUGAAAAAGAAGACUGAAAAGAUCGCAGAAGAAUCGCAAAGGAAAAAUGAAUUACUUGACAAAAAGAUGAACAAAGUGAAAGACAAACUUAAACUGAUUUCGGACAUAAAGGAUGAUCUAGCAAGGAAAGAAGAAAAGAUGAGAGAAGAAGAAGUUAAAGCAAAGAAAAAGAUAGUGGAGCUAAUCCAGGCUGCUACGAGCCUAAAACAGAAAUUAGUUGAAAAGCUGAAGAGAAUAAAUGACAAGUACAGGCAUGUUAAAGAAAAAUCACUGAAAAUGAAGAAAAAGCUAAAAGAGAAACUACAAAAGGAGAAAGUAAUCUCGUCUAUACCAACAAAAACAACUAAGGGGAAGAAAACUGUAAGGAAGGGUAAGAAGAAACUGGAACGAAAAAUAAAGAUAAUCAGCAAGAUUAGCAGAAUAACUAGAAAGAAAUUAAGAAGAAUUCAAGAAAAGAGGAGAAAAUUGCUGGAAGAAAUGUACAAGAAAUUGGUUGAAAAGCUGAAGAGGAUAACUAACAAGUACAAACAUGUCAAAGAAAAGGCACUGAAAAUGAAGGAAAAGCUAAAGGAGAAACUACAGGAGAGAGAUGUAAUCUCUACCUUACCAACAAAAACCACGAAGGAAAAGAAAACUGUUAAGAAACUGGAAAGAAAAAUAAAGAGAAUCAGAACGAUUUGCAGAAUAACAAGAAAGGAAUUAAGAAGAAUUCAAGAAAAGAGGAGAAAAUUGAUAGAAGAAAUGUACAAGAAAUUAGUUGAAAAGCUGAAGAGGAUAACUGACAAGUACAACCAAGUCAAAGAAAAGGCACUGAACAUGGAGGAAAAGGUGUUAAAGGAAAUCGAAAAGAAAACUGUAAUGAAGGAUAAGAAGAAACUGGAAAGAAAAAUAAAGAGAAUCAAAAAAAUUUGCAGAAUAACUAGAAAGGAAUUAAGAAGAAUUCAAGAAAGGAAAAUAGUUGAAAAGCUGAAGAGGAUAACUGACAAGUACAAACAAGUCAAAGAAAAGGCACUGAAAAUGAAGGAAAAGCUAAAAGAGAAACUACAGGAGAGAAAAGAAAUCUCUACCUUACCAACAAAAACCACUAAGGAAAAGAAAACUGUAAAGAAAAGUAAGAAGAAACUGGAAAGAAGAAUAAAAAGAAUCAGAAAGAUUUGCAGAAUAACUAGAAAGGAAUUAAGAAGAAUUCAAGAAAGGAGGAGAAAAUUGCUAAAAGAGAUGAACAAGAAGUUAGUUGAAAAGCUGAAGAGGAUAACUGACAAGUACAAACAUGUCAAAGAAAAGGCUCUGAAAAUGAAGGAAAAGCUAAAAGAGAAACUACAGGAGAGAAAAGAAAUCUCUACAUUACCAACAAAAACCUCUAAGGAAAAGAAAACUGUAAAGAAGGGUAAGAAGAAACUGGAAAGAAAAAUAAAGAGAAUCAGAAAGAUUUGCAGAAUAACUAGAAAGGAAUUAAGAAGAAUUCAAGAAAAGAGGAGAAAAUUGUUAGAAGAAAUGUACAAGAGGAGAAAACUGAUAUAUGAAAUGUACAAG